UUAGCGGGUCAGUUUUCUGUUAGCCUGGACCGUCCUCCGGUGCGCUUCUUUUGCAUCUGUUUUACUUUUCUGUUCAGAGACACAACCGGACAACCCGGUGGGAAAAAGUCCACGGAGCUUUUUACUGGAUAAAUAAACACCGAGCCCUGGACGAAAAUGUCCACCGCCCUGGAGAGCUACAUCAACCGCACCGUGGCCAUCGUCACCUCUGAUGGCAGGAUGAUUGUGGGCACCCUGAAGGGCUUCGAUCAGACCAUCAACCUGAUCCUGGACGAGAGUCACGAGCGGGUGUUCAGCUCCAGUCAGGGGGUGGAGCAGGUGGUGCUGGGACUCUACAUCGUCAGAGGAGACAACGUCGCGGUGAUCGGUGAGAUCGACGAGGAAACGGACUCCACGCUGGAUUUAGGGAACAUCCGAGCCGAGCCGCUCAACUCCAUCGUUCACUGACCUCUUUCCCUGCGUCUCCAUGUUCUGUCGGAUCUGCGAGAUGAUCUGAACUUCGACUCUGGUUCCUCUUCCUCGUUUGUAUUUGUAAUAUUUUUUUUAUAAAUAAAGAAUUCAGUUGUUAUAUUCA